CAUUGGAUCCAACGAGUGUGCUCGUGCGGCAGAAUCCUUUCCUUAGCCAAUCCGGGUGUCCGAAUGUGAGUGCGCGUGCCCAGUCUUCAAACCGGAUUGGACAAAAGGGUUUGGACCAAUUAAAAACGAUGAAUGCCGUGACUUCCUGGCUACUGGCCGCGCGAUUUGAUAAGUGGGCGUGUUUAGCCCGUCCUUAUUGGUUUUAAUGUCACGUGAUCAAGGUUUGCGGCAGAUGAUUGGUGCAUUUACUUGCCAGGCGCGAUUUUGCAACGCGGUACGAUCACUUGUGUGACGCAUACAACUCAAGACUGCGCCAGCAGCAGCACUAGGACCGACACAUGUCGUUUUUUGUUCAAUUUUCCCGAAUAUUCGCUACCUGGAGACGGAUUAAAUCUUUUCCCAACUGGAAAUGAAGGACGAAUUUACCCCGGAUUAACACGGCGCGGCAUUUUUUAAAAGAGUAGAUAUUUAACCGUUGAGACAAGAAAAGGGAAAGACGUCGUUAUUUUAAAUAAUUUCCGCUAGUUUUGACAUACAAUGACCGACAACAAGCACCCUCAGGUUAUAUUCUGCGACGACUCGCCCAAGAGGGUCCUGGUGUCCGUCAUAAAGACUACUCCUAUCAAGCCUCAAAUGGCUGAGGGCAUAACGCCAGCGAGUCCGGGAUUCAGCGACUUCAUGGUUUACCCGUGGAAAUGGGGAGAGAACGCCCAUAAUGUGACACUGAGCCCAGGCUCGCUAAGCGGAGCUUCGUCUCCAGGCGGGACGGCUGGAGACGCGGACGCAGCUACUUCACCCGACCAGAACAAGGACGGUAUACGCAGAGGGCGUCCUCGAGCCGACACAGUCCGAGAACUGAUCAGCGAGGGGGAGACGUCCUCCAGCCGUAUCCGAUGCAACAUCUGCAACCGGGUGUUCCCCAGGGAAAAGUCUCUCCAAGCUCAUAAGAGAACACAUACGGGUGAGCGUCCCUAUUUGUGCGACUACCCAAACUGCAGCAAGGCAUUCGUCCAGAGCGGUCAGCUGAAGACCCACCAGCGGCUUCAUACUGGAGAAAAACCAUUUGUCUGCUCAGAAAAAGGUUGUGGUAACCGGUUCACACAUGCCAAUCGUCACUGCACCAAGCAUCCACUGUCCCGCCUGAGAAGGGAAGAGCCAAAGGAAGCCACGGGCAAGGCGCAGUCUGUGGACAACCAAGCAGUGGCAGAUUGGCUGGCAAGGUACUGGCAGACCCGAGAGCAGCGCGCACCCUCCGCUGCCAAGGCGAAAGUGCAGAGCAAAGGCAGGGUGCAGGACCAGGAGCAGCGCGACCCAAUGGAGCCCCUCCAAUGCGAUGAGGAAAAAGAUGACGAUGUUGAGGAGGAAGAGGAGGAGAAAGGCAGCCAAGGGGUCGCCGCCAAGCGCCGCCUCCAGGAGCAACGAGAACGUCUCCACGGUGCUCUGGCGCUCAUCGAGCUGGCCAACAACUUGUCCGCCUGAGUAGCACCCUUUCUCCUCAAAUCACUUCUGUCCAGCCCCAGUCCGCCUUCCUACCAUUAUAGUGUGCUGUAGCUCGACCACCAUCAAGCGCAUAUCCAGUAGUUUCUUCUCGACAUCGAGAAAUGCUCUGAGAUUAGUGUUCUCAACUUCACGCACAGCAUCAGCCCCUCUCUACCCCAGGAAGGCACAAGCUAAAGCACCUUAUUCAGCUUCCAUUUAUCCUUUUAGGCUGCUAUUGUAGAUGUAACUAUAUGAAGAAUGUCACUCUUCUGCCUUUUAAAGGCAAUCAAUGAGUAUUUGUGUUUUUAAGUUGUUUUCUUUUGCACUUUGACGUUAAGUUUUUAAAGAUAAGUUUUCGAGAGUGGCUGUAAAUAUGGUCGCAAGAUUUUCUAACAGGGUGUACGUCUCGUAAGCCCGACACUCACAACCUCUCGUGGUGUCAGACUUCACAUGAGUUUUUUUUUUUUUUGG